AUCUUUUCCCUUCCGAUUAUCCCAUUCCACCCAACCGCGGCGAACCAUCGCAUCGCAUAUUUAAAACCUACACAAACGCAUUUUCCACUACUCCCAUGGCUUCCUCUACUCACUGCUUCCUUCUCUUUUUCUCUUGCUUUCUCUGCUUCAGGAACGCGUUCCCUGUUCUGGGUUUCCGAUCAAAUUUCGCUCUGUUCCCCGUCGUUAAAGACGCCGCAACUCUCCAGUAUGUCGCCAGGAUUUCUCACGCUACUCCUUUGCGACGCACCGACCUCGUGGUUGAUCUCGGCGGUUCGUUUCUUUGGAUGGAUUGCGAUUCCGGACACGUUUCGUCAUCAAACCGGUUGAUCUCCAGCUGCUCCGUCAACUGCUCGAGAGCAAAGUUCAACGAGCCGGGAAGCAAGAGCUGUCUCUUAAACGCAAAUUGUAAUGUGUUCCCCAACAAUGGUGUGACGGGGUUGACCUCAAUAGGGGAACUGGUGGAGGAUAUCAUAGCCGUCGAUUCGGUUGAAAUGUUAAAAGUCGGAGAAAUCACAACUGUCGACCACUUCAUCCACUCUUGUGCACCGACCUUCCAUUUGCAGGGCUUGGCCAUUGGUGCCAAGGGGAUGGUGGGUUUAGGGAAAUCUCCCAUUUCAUUGCCGUCUCAACUCAGUGCCUCAAUCGGACACCCACAAAAGUUCACUCUUUGCUUAUCAUCAUCAUCAUCAUCAAACGGUGUGCUAUUAACGGGCAACGGAGAAACUCUUUUCGGUUCCAAAAUAACAAGGUCGUUAACGUACACACCCCUCGUCAUCAAACAAGACGGCUAUUCCAUUAACGUUCAGUCCAUCAAGAUCAACGGAAGAAGGUUGGGGUUAAGCAAACUAGAGGCCAAGUUAAGCACAACCGUGCCUUAUGCCACGAUGCAAACCUCAAUCUACGCAACGUUUUCCAAGGCGUAUGUCGAGGCAGCCGCUUCGAUGAACAUGACCAGGGCGCCAACCGUGGCUCCAUUCGGACUCUGCUUUAGCUCCAAGCAUGGCCCUUUGGUGCCCGAAAUCGACCUGGUUUUGCAAAGCGAGAUGGUGAAAUGGAGGAUUCAAGGGAGUUCUUCAAUGGUGAAAGUAAACCAAGAGAGCAUUUGCCUAGGGGUUUUGGAUGGAGGAAUGGAUCAAAAUAGCCCCAUUGUGAUAGGAGGGCUCCAAAUGGAAGGUAACCUUUUGGAGUUUGAUCUCGAGAGUUCCAUGCUGGGAUUUAGCUCUUCUCUGUUAUUGAAGAAAACAACUUGUUCCUCCAAGUUGAAGCAGUUCAUGUAAUUUAUCUUUCUUAUUUUGAAGUUUUGUUUUGUGAAGGAGCAUGAUGGUAUCUGUUGAUGCGAUUUGUGAAGCAUCAAUGCUCGUAAUUUGAGGAGAGCACUUUACUUUUGAGGUUUGAAGUUAUUACAUGGAAGGAAAUGUAUAUACUAAAUGAACAAAGCAUUGCUUAUUGGAUCAUCAAUUUUACUCCAAAA